AUGAGCGAAAGCAAGGGGAGAAUAAAGUUAAAAAUUCAUUUCGGAAAUGAGGUGGAGAAUAAUGACCAAGCGGUGGUGAGUGAAAAAGGGAAGCCGAUCAAAUCGACUGACUUGAAGAGGAGGAGUGGUCAUGCAGAAGAUGAGUCAGAUGGGAAGGAAGACGAAGGAGAGAGCAGCGAAUCGCUGGAUGGACGAGACGAGGACAGUUGCAAAGGACGCAAGAGACACAAGAGAGAUCGCCUGGAAGAGAGAAUUACUUCCAUCAUUUCGAAGCUAACCAGAAUAGCCUGCAUUUGCGAAGACAAGAAUAAUUACGUCACCGACAAUAAUAGUGUCACGCAUAGUGGGGAAAAUAGCAACGAGGAUAGCCACACACAGAGUAAUGAUAAAAGUGGGGAGUACCUCCGCAAGUACAAUCGCGCAUACAGCGGUGACAACAGUGGAAAGUACAGCUUGGAUUACAGUCACGAUGGUAGCCGAGAUGAGGGCAAAGAAAGUAGGAACUCCAAAAUCUGCAAAAAACUUACCAAAGAAAUGUACAAGUAUGAGAAGAGCCUCAUGAGUCUAAAUAACUUUAUUAACAAUAGGAAGAAUAGGCUCGAUGAAGUUACCUUCCCUAACGGACUAAUAAAAGCAGUAGAUAACUACCAAAGUCCGGACGUCUGGAUUUACAACUACCUCCUCCUGGAGUGCAAGAAACAGAGCGAUAAGUAUCGUAACUUAAUACAAAACAUUGCUGCGUUUGAUAGCACACUGAAGAAUAAAAUUAUGAACGAAGGGGCUGAUGGGAUUACGAUGCCGGUGUAUGCCUCCGUUGCUAAAAGUAAGAUUGGGGGAUUGCCAAAGGAAGGGAAGAACUAUUACGAAAAUGUGCAUGUGCCGAAGGAACUCGCGGGGGCAUACUUUGAAGAAUUGAAGAGGCGCAAGAUGCGGCACGGGUGA